CAUCAUCAAGAGUUUACAACAUGACAUUGGCCAUGAAAUCGCAACCUUCUUCGGUGAACUCUUUCGCUGAUGGCGUUGCGAGCCUAUCGCCAUGAGUGGCGCCUCCCAUUCCGCUUGGCGAGGCGGCAGCUGGGCGACAGUGUGCAUGGGCCGCCCUUGAACGACCUGGCCGGGAAUUGGAGAAAGGCAAAGGAAUUCUUCACCAAGCCGGCUCUCUCCUAUGGCGAGUUUAAGCAGCAGUGCGUGUCUCUGCGGCUCUUUGCCUUUGGAGGCGUUUGCGGGGCUUGUGCCCUUUCUCUGGUGAUUUUCCCUCCGAAGUCGUCCUACUGGGUCACAUGGGGCCCAUCAUACUGGUUUUCUCAUGUGCAACGCUGCUUUGGAAGCGCUCCGCCGUUGUUCCUCAGCAAGAAGCUGGAGACGACGGUGUCCGCACCAAAGGUGGCUUCUGCACCAAAGGUGGAGCAACUCAGGUCAGAGUCCUCGGCCGCCCCAGCUGUGAGCCCCAAGGCCGCAGCUGUCCCUGCCAAACCACGGGUGCUCUUCGUGUUGGGAGGACCAGGUGCUGGCAAAGGCACUCAGUGUGCGAAGAUCUGUGAGCACUUCCCUCAGUGGCAGCACAUCUCGGCGGGCGAUUGCCUGCGUGCCGAGCGGCAGGAUCCCAACUCCAAGGAUGGUGAGUUGAUCAACACCUGCCUCAAGGAGGGGAAGAUUGUCCCGGUGCAGAUUACCGUUCGCUUGCUCCAAAAGGCAAUGGUGGCUGGGCAGAAGGAAGGCAAGACCGACUUUCUGAUAGAUGGCUUCCCAAGGAAUCUGGACAAUGUGAAUGGCUGGGAAGAGGUCAUUGGCGACAGCGCAAAUGUCAUGGGAGUGCUUUUCUUCGAAGCGGCGCAAUCGGAGAUGGAGAAGCGUCUGCUGGGGCGUUCUGAGACCAGCGGCCGCGUUGACGAUAACUUGGAAAGCAUCCGGAAGCGCUUUGCGACCUAUGAGAAGGAGACCAGGCCAAUUGUCGAGAAGUACAGAGAUAAGGAGAUGGUUUUCUCUGUGGAUGCCAUGCAGUCGAUCGAGAGCGUCUGGUCCCAUACGCUUGCAAAGCUUCGACAGGUGGAGAGCAUCGCCAAGUUUGGCCAGUGAGUCGAAGUAUGAGAGCGAAAAGGGCAAGAGAAUGCGAGAUUCCUGUGUGUCUUUCUUUAUGAGUAGACUGUUCAGGUGACACUUGUUGUUGUUGUUGUUGUUGCUGCUGCUG